AUGCCACGCAAAGGAAAGAGAUCCAACGCCAAGAAGCUACACUGGCAGAAAUUUCCUGAGUCCCGAGUACCUGAUCAACGGGUGGUGAGUCCUCAUCCUUACAACAGCGGACAGGUAAAUACCCCUGAUUUUUCUAAUGCUAAUGUCACACGUGUGUUGGCUUCCCGCAGUCAGGGGCAUGAUACAUACGCUGAUUCAAAGAACAGUCAAUGCUCCUGCAACUGUGCUACUUUCCUGGCCUUUCUGCAUGAGUUAGGACAACUCCACACUGCUGAUCUUGAUCUUGUUUUGGACAGAGGCCAUGCAAUGUAUGCUCUAACUCUCGGUCAGUUGGAUGUUGAUGGUCAAAAAGUUGAUAGAUUCUUAAAUAUAGACGAACUUCCACCAAUCGUUGUUGGUGACAGACAACAGCACAUAAUGACAAAGUGUCAGUCAAUCAGUGGUGUCUUUACAGCUCCUACCUUGCUAAACAACAACCUUGCAGAUGUACUUCAGUGCUUGUCCGCAGAGGUGAACUACGCAUUGUUGAUAAUGAGUUCAAUGUACAUUGCUGUUUUCCGAGACCAACGCGGGCAGUAUGGCUAUUUUGACCCACACUCUCGACAGCCUGAUGGCUUUCCUGCUGGCUUUGGUUUUGGCACAGCUGUCGUCUUUAUUUUCACAUAUUUAAAUGAUCUGAUCACAAAGCUUGUGACGUUAUUCCAUGCAGUUGGCUCCGGUCCAAAUUCUUAUUUUGAGCUGACACCUGUGCUCUUUGACACUGUGGAUGAGCCCUCAGUGGAAGGAAAUUUGCCACAUAUGGAGUCGAAUGCAGAUGAUGUUCCAAUAGCGAGGCAGCAAGAACCUCACAUGUCCAGUCUACCCCAGGCGAAAUCUGAGAUUAAAAUACAAUUUAACAGUCACACUCUGCCAAGAGAGUCAAAACGUAAUAAACAGGAAAGGAAGAAGUUGAAUAGAAGAGCUAAAAACGGGAAGACAAAAGUUGCAAUCGACAAAAAUGAAAAACAGCGAGAACGAUAUGCCAAGGACAAAUCAUACCAGCAACGUAAAAGGUCUUAUAUGGUAAAUCAGUAUAGACAGGAUCCAGAGUUUAAACGGAGACAAAGGUCUUACAUCAACCGCCGAUACACGGAUGAUGCAGAGUUUAAACGGAGACAAAGGUCUUACAUCAACCGCCGAUACACGGAUGAUGCAGAGUUUAAACGGAGACAAAGGUCUUACAUCAAACGUCGCUACAAAAAUGACACAGAGUUUAAACAGAGACAAAUGUUGUACAUAACACACCGCUAUUGCCAGGACUUGGCAUUCAGAACUAAACAAAAGCAGUAUAUCACAAAGCGUUACGCAAAUGAUCCUGCAUUCAGAAGGAAGCACAAACAAACUAUGAGACAGCUAAUGAGAGACAAAUACAGAAACAACCUUGUAACCAGACUGACCAACAGCAUGCGGUGUGCAAUUAAGAUUAGACAAAAAUACAGACAUAUUAAUAGACAGCAAAUCGACAUGGAUGACAGUCAGAUUAAAGAAGCCAUAGAGAUUUUCAGAUCACACGUAAAAGAUGGACCCACAUAUGUCUGCACAGUUUGUCACAGAGCACUGUUUCCGAAUCAAGUGCGACCCUGCAAUCGGUCAAAAUAUGACAAAGAGCCACAUGUUGUUGCAGCUUGCCUCACUGGUGCAUAUGUUCAUGUCUGCAGUGAUGAAUGCGAAAAUUUACAACAGUGCACCGUACCAGAGGAGCGAAAGAAAGAGUGGAUUUGUUACACAUGCCAUGAUCACCUUAAGGCUGGUGGGAUGCCUCCCCUCGCAACGGCUAAUAAUUUACAGCUUGCUGAUAUUCCAGAUGAACUGUGUGAUUUGAACAUUUUGGAACGUCAUCUCGUAGCUAAAAGCAUACCGUUUGCUAAAAUUAUUCCACUGCCCAAAGGUCAACAAAGAGCUAUUCGUGGAAAUGUUGUGUGUGUUCCAUCUGAAGUACAGGAAACUGUAAAUGCUUUGCCCAGACUAAGGAGUGAAUCUCAGGUCCUGAGAGUGAAGCUGAAGAGACGACUGUGCUACAAAGGUCAUCAGCUGUUCCAAACUGUGGCCUGGCCAAAGUUGGUGAGAGCUCUGCUCAAGCUGAAAGAAAUCCAUCCCCAGUAUAAAGACAUAACAGUCAGAGAUGAAGCUGAGUUAUGUGACCCUACUCUCCCUGAUAAUGAAGACACUGAGACUGAUGAGGAUGACAGAAUGGAUGAUGAUGAUUAUGAUGAGGAAGAUUUGAUGGAGAUUGACCGUAUUGAGAAAAAUGCACUCUGUGAGGCAGAGAGCAUUCCUGAAAACAACGAACAAAAUAUGGACAAUCGGUCAGGUAAUGAUGGCUGUGAGCCAGAGAAACAGUCUGAUAACAUGGAGGGUGAUGAACCGAACGGUGGUGUUGUCCUUGAAUCAUGUCUGCAGCCAAGUGAUGUGUCAGAGGAGAUUUUGAGUUUUAGUGAGGGAAUAUACUCUGUUGCCCCCGCUGAAGGAAAAAAACCGUCAAGCUUUUUCAGAACACCUAAACUUGAGGCGAUGGCUUUCCCAGUUCAGUUUCCCACUGGUGAAAAUACACUGGAUGAUAACAGGCCACUGAAAUUAACACCCUGCAGUUACUUCAAAACGAGGCUUUGCUGUGUCGAUGGCCGUUUCGCUAAAGAUACUAACUACUUGUUUUUUGCUCAAUUUGUGACAGAAAUACAUAUGGCCACUUCCAGCAUGAGAAUACAACUGCGUAAAGGCAAACCUUUUACUCGAGAUGGCCGCAAAAUCACAAAUGCCAUGUUGCAAAACAAACGAGAAGUCGAAAGGCUAGUGCGGAACAAAGAUGCAAUAAGAUUCAUGACACCGCUGAGAGGCACCCCGGCGUAUUGGCAGAAAACAACUAAAGACUUGUUUGCGAUGAUUCGGGCUUUAGGCUCGCCACAAUUCUUCUUGACUUUCAGUGCCGCAGAAAUGCGUUGGAAAUGGGUUAUCACAGCAAUUAAAGCCCAGCAAGGUGAACACGUGAAUUUUGAAGAGCUGGAUUGGUCCUCCAAGUGUGAGAUUUUGCGAAGUAAUCCUGUCACCACAAUGCGCAUGUUUGACAAACGUGUCGAGGCACUGUUCAGAGAUCUGAUCCUGUCCCCCGCACAACCUAUCGGCAAAGUCGUCGACUACUUUUACCGACUCGAGUUUCAGCACAGAGGAAGCCCGCACAUUCACGGUAUGGUAUGGGUGGCAGGCGCACCUGUGUUUGAAGAAUGCUCUGAUGAGGAGGUGUGUAGGUUUGUGGCCAGAUUCAUCAAAGCUGAGCUGCCCGAUGAAAACAAGGACCCAGAACUGUACAAAAUAGUCACAGAAGUUCAGAUGCACAGCAAAAACCACUCCAAGACAUGUGUGAAAUACAGUGGUGCAAACUGUCGUUUCGGAUUUCCCAAACAACCUGUCCCAAAAACCACAAUAAUCAGACCGGGGGCAAUUGUGGAUGAAGCAACAGACCUGGCAUUGACAGAAAAGCUUGCAACACUUAACAGACUUCUUCAUGAACCUACUACUGCAUCGCUCAGCUUUGAACAGCUUUUGGCAAAAUGUGAGUUCACCAAAGAAGAAUACCACAGGUGUUUGCAGAGCAAAACCAACGGCAGUCAAGUGAUGCUGAAGCGUGGUCCCAAAGAUGUUUGGGUAAAUGGCUACAACCCCUACCUUCUGAAAGCCUGGAAUGCCAACAUGGAUAUCCAAUUCAUUCUCAACCCCUACUCCUGUAUCAUGUACAUGUGCAGCUACAUCAGCAAGGCGGAACAUGGUCUGAGUGAAUAUCUCAAAACGGUGAUACAAAACUCACGUCAGGAAGAUGUCAACGAAAGCGAUGAAAUGAAACAAAUAAUGCAGGCCUACUCCAAAAAAGAGAGGUAA